ACCGACAACGUAUAGGGCAAACGAACACAGUAACUGGCGCGAGGCGGCCGCGUCAUCGCUUCCACUCGCCCAACUCUAUAGUUUCUAAACUUGUUUGUGACCUAAAUAAACCACCAUACGCAAUACCACGCGACGAAUUUGUGCACCGUCAAAAUGUGAAAUGGAUGUGAAAACAAAUCACAACAAAUAUCACAAAGUGUUCGCUCGAAGUGACUCAGUGUUGAAAAGGUUUUAAAGUGUUCGUCUCUGAGAUUGAACGGAAAGUAUACGGUCUCGGAUAUCGUCGAUUAGUUCUAAAGUUAGACGAAGUCUAAGUUUAUAUGAUGUAAAACGAUGAUUGUUGUUUUAAAAUUAGUGCGACGCUAUUAAAGUUGGAUUCCAAGGGAACCAACCAAAAUGUUCCCCAUGAGGAUUUGGCAUUUACAAGUCCUCACAGCUGGGCUUUUAGUUUUACACCCGUUCCACGCUACAGGAGAUGAACAUCUCCACGAAGGUCCAUUUAUCAUUCCGGCGACGAGCGAAAUCAUACUAAAGAAAGGACAAAACUUUACAAUUUUCUGUAACGCGAACGCCCCCGUAGUAAUAAAACAGCAGGAAAUUCCGGAGGAGAGCACGGACACGUUCAAAAAAGUCUUUAGAAACUUGUCGAGCACAGAUUUAGAUUAUAGAUACAAAGCCGCCCUCGAUUUGUAUAACGUCGACCAGUUUUCCGUCGGCUACUACGCCUGCUUCGACGAGGCGGCGGACGAAAACCAUAUCCUAAACAAUUUACUGGAGGAACCUCAAAAUAACGAGCACGCGGCGUACAUAUACGUUUACGUGGACGAAACCGGUAGCCUGUUUGCGCCUAUGCAAGAGGUAAUAAAGUUGAGAAACGGGAACGAUGUCAUAAUCGAAUGUAGACCGACGACGCCCGAUGUUAACGUUACUCUUAUAGGGAGUAACAGGGCAACAGUUAAUAAAAAGUACCCGACUAUAAAAAAGUACUCCCCAAAGAUUGGAUUAUUAGUGAGAUUAGAUAGGCCUAAGACUGGAAGUCUCGGAUGCAUUGCUCAGCGUGGAAACGAAAGUUAUACGAAAUAUUUGCGUAAUACAAAUGAUCCGGCUCCCCCACCGAGAAUACAGAGUAGUUCAAAAUGGUUCGUGAAGGGAGAAACGUUUUCUCUAAACUGUGCAGUUCAAUACAAGGACAACUCUGCUUUAGCGUUGGAGUGGAAACUGCCAUCAUCAGUUUCAAAGGAUCGUGUUAAUAUAGAAACAAACGAACAUAACAUAACGUCUGCUGGGAUUCUGUACAGUCAUAUAACGAUUAGCAAUGCAACAGAAGAAGACCAAGGAAAAUACGUAUGCGUAUGUACAAGCAGAGCAAAUUCAAGCGAAGCGACCAUAGAAAAGAAAUAUAGAGAUGUGGGCUUCAUCAAACUUAAUGUUAGUUAUGGAUCAGUAGAAACUACUCAACGAACUUAUUCACGCCGAAUAUACGUAGACGCAUAUCCAUGGCCCACAUUCCAAGUAUAUAAAGACGGAGUCUAUUUGACCGAAGGAAAGAACUAUAAUAUCACGAGGAACGAUAAUACAAUCUACUUUAAAAUAGACCGUUUAAGCAUAAAUGACACUGGAAACUAUACAGUGGUCGCACAAAAUGAGUAUGUCAGAAAAAACGUUUCCGUCGAAUUGCGAGUUAGAGUUGCGCCAGAAAUUAAUAUAUGGGAAGAUGAAGUUCGAGUUGGGGUUAACACGCAAAAGUCUCUGAUAUGUACUGUCCUAGCUUAUCCACCACCGACCAUAACGUGGACAUUCCAUGAUGGCACAGAGGAUCAAAAUAUUCCAGAAAAGCUCUGGAAAUCAAAACAGUAUUCUUUUAUCAAAACGGAAUCGGAACUCGAACUGAUUGCGAGAAGACCGGGGACUGUCACGUGCCACGCGACCAACGACAGGGGCGAAACGUCUUCUUCUAUCAAAUUUAUGGUAGACGAAGUACCCGGAGGCUUCGGAGUUAAAAAUAAUGUCCCGAAGUCAUAUGCCGAGGGGUUAAAUGUUACUAUCGACUGCUAUGCUUCGAAAUCCGAUUUCGACAAUGUAACGUGGCAUAGAAACGAUGAUGAUAAACUACUCAACGUGAGAAUAAAAGAGACCUCGAUGUCUUACAUAGCGCGAUUAAUCCUACAAAAUAUUUCUUUGGAGGACGCAGGAAUCUAUACAUGCGAAGCUCUGGAUGAGGAGGGAGUUGUUAGUAACUACACUAUGCCAGUCCAUGUUGUUGAAAAACAACGGCCAGUAUUCUACGAGCCCGUGUUCGACGCCGAAGUUGCGGCAUUUCCGUAUCAGCCCGUAAAGCUUAUUUGUUCAGCCUUAGCAGUACCGUCACCCGAGAUUAUAUGGCUAAAGGAUGGCGAAGCCUUGCAAAAUACGAGUGAUGGAGAGAUCAUGAUAUACACAGAUUAUUCAGAAGAAUUGAAUACACCUGUCAACUCCUCGGUGGAAAUAAAACAAAUGUCUGAGGCACACAAGGGUAAAUACGAGUGUAGAGCACUUAGCGAUGGAGUUAUGGAAAUCAAAGCGUACAGUCUUAUCAUGAAUGAAAAAUCGCCCUACAAGUCAACAUACUUAGGUAUAGCCGGAGGCCUAGUGCUCCUGCUACUCGUUUUGGUGGUGUACUUAGUAUUGAGGGUACGGAAAGAGAAAAAGUUCAGGAAAGAGUUGGCUGCAGCUGGAUUAUUGUAUUUCAAAGAAGGAGUUCCGAAAUCUCUUAACCCGGAUCUCGGGAUAGACGAGCAGGCCGAACUGUUGCCUUACGAUGAAAAGUUUGAGUUCCCACCUGAAAAACUCAUCAUUGGCAAGCAGCUGGGCGCAGGUGCUUUUGGCGUUGUUUACAAAGCGGAGGCGCGAGGGAUCAUCAACGCCGAGGAAGUGACUCCGGUCGCCGUGAAAAUGGUGAAGAAGACCGCCGACAACAUGUACAUCAAGGCCUUGGCUAGCGAGCUCAAGAUCAUGGUGCAUCUCGGAAAACACGUCAACAUUGUCAAUUUGCUGGGCGCCUGUACGAAAAACGCGGGGAAACGGGAACUCCUUGUGAUUGUGGAGUACUGCAAGUUUGGGAACAUCCACAACUACAUCAUGCGCCAUCGCGAGGUCUUCAUAGACCAGCUCACCGACAAUAAGGAGAAGAAUUUUGGGAAGGUCAACCGCGGGUUCUCCUACAGUUCGGGAAGUACCGGGGUGUCUGACUACUUCGGCUCAAACCACACUCAGAACACCGAGCACACGUUCCUGAACACGGGGGCUUCGAACAGAUCGGGAAGGAAAGUGUCAGAAACAGGCUACAUACAGCCGGAGUGGCGGUCGAAUUAUGAAAGUGACUACAGCUACGACGGCCGCAGCCCGAGACCGCUCACAUCUCGAGAUCUCCUGGCCUGGGCCUUCCAGAUUGCUAGAGGAAUGGAGUAUCUAGCUAGUAGGAAGGUUCUACAUGGAGAUUUGGCAGCCAGGAAUGUACUUCUGGCAGAAGAUAACGUGGUGAAAAUAUGCGACUUUGGAUUAGCAAGAAGCAUUUAUAAAAACGAUGAAUACAAAAAACAAGAAAACAGUCCUCUUCCAAUAAAAUGGCUGGCCAUCGAGUGUAUGACAGAUCGAAUAUUCUCGACGCAAUCGGACGUGUGGUCAUUCGGUGUAGUGCUAUGGGAGCUGUUCUCCCUCGCCAAGACCCCCUACCCGAAUGUCAGCCCGACCAGCUUCCUACAGUACCUGAAUGAUGGACAUCGUCUGGAAAAACCGCAAUACGCAGACGACCGGCUGUACGACGUGAUGCUUCAGUGCUGGCAACAGAAGCCCACGGCUCGGCCGAGCUUCACCCGUCUACAGGAAAUGCUCGGAUCUUUCCUCGAGGAUAACGUGCGAAAUCACUACGUGGACCUGAAUGCGGCAUACAACGAUAUGAACAAGAAGAUAGACGGCCAAGAGGACUAUUUGGCGAUGGUGUCUGCGCCUGAUUACAACAACCUGGUGUCGCCGAGUCCACACCACUAUGUCAACGACACCCAGAGCUUCGUCAUGCCUCCACCGCAUCAGCUGCAACACGACAGCGACGGCUACUUGCAAAUGAGCCCAGCGAGGCAGUCAUACAGUAGCCCGCGUUUUACAGGCAACAAGUUCGAUUUCGACACGCGCAAAAUGAACGUAAGAAUGACGGAGCCGAACUGCCACGGCUCGGAGUUGACGCCGAUGCUCACUCUCAACAACCUUCCCACUAAAGAGUCGGAGUCGGAUCAAGACAACAGCUUCGUGUCCCACCACGGCACGUGCCCCCCGGUCGAGGAGGAAUCGGACGACGUGUUCGAACUGAAGCAGUACAACAUCAGGAACGCGGAACUGAACAAAGCCAACUCCCAGAAUAGCGCCGUCACGAAUCCCACGUAUAUAAGCUUCGAUACAGAAAAGAAACCUAAAAAUGAAUCCAAUAAUUACAUCAACGUUAAUAUACCAAACGGUCUAGUCAAAUAGAUUUUCCUCUGAAUGUUCAUUUCAUGUCUACUUAUUGCUAUAUUAGUAAGGUAUCAUAAGUCAUUUUGAUCUCCUACCUACUAUGAGUAACUAGAAAUCUCAGAACUAAUAAAUUAUUUUAACCAUUUCAAACGGGACAUUACCUUUUUUCUUAAUUUUCUUAAAAAAUCAAUUUAAAGAUUUAUUUCUUGUGAAUCCAUGCUAAAAUGACUUAACAACACUCGUACCACGUACCCAUGAAUUUUUUGCCAGUAUUUGCCUUUGUAAGUAACCCACCAUGUACAAAUUUAGUUUUCUAAGAACAACAUAUUUUAAUAUAAUAUUAUA